GAUGACCUAGAACGAUGACAACUCCAUGAAUGAAAAUGGAGACUUUAGGAUAGGGCAAGAGUUUAGCUCCUUAGACCACCUAAAGAAGAAUGUUAAAGCAUUGGCGAUUUCUAACAAUAGAAACUUCCGUGUAAUUGAGUCGAAGCCUUCAAAGUACGUUAUCCAAUGUACUAAUGCGGAGGAUAUAGGUUGUGAAUGGAGGAUGCGAGCUAUUAUGACCGCCACGGGAACAUUUAAGAUUGUGCGAUAUAAGGGUCAUAAUCAAGAUUGCUCGGCACAUUACAGUGACGACCAUCCCCUCCUUAGUUCUGAAUUUGUUGCUGAUCUUAUCGUGGAUAUGAUCAGAGUUGAUCUAGCGUUCAAGGUGAAGUCAAUCGUUAAUUUUGUAAAAAAUAAAUACGGAUUUGUUAUAACAUAUAAGAGAGCUUGGUUGGCAAAAAAUAAGGCUAUAACAAAAGUAUUUGGGAAUUGGGAUAAGUCCUUUGAGGAGCUUCCAAGGUACCUGCAGGUGUUAAUGCAGUCUAAUCCAGGAACAGUGGUGCAAUGGGAAGUCCAACCGACAAUGGAUCAUACCAGAGUGAUGUUUCAGCGAAUUUUUUGGGCUUUCGGACCAUCCAUUAAGGGUUUUCCCCACUGUCGUCCCCUUAAAUCUAUAGAUGGUACACAUUUGUACGGAAAGUAUAGAGGCACACUUAUGAUUGCUAUGGCGAUAGAUGCAAAUUCUCAGUUGUUCCCACUUGCCUUUGCCGUUGUGGAGGGAGAGAGCAACGAUACAUGGUGUUGGUUCUUGGAUUGUAUAAGGCAUUAUGUCACUAAGAGGGACGGCUUAUGUGUUAUAUCUGAUCGUCACAAGGGAAUUUUGAUGCAAUGAAUAGAGUUGGAAAAGGUUGGGAAGAGCCAUUUACAUUCCAUCGGUUUUGUAAACGUCAUCUUGCUUCGAACGUGCAUAAGAAGUUCAAAAACAUAGCAGUUAAAAACUUAUUUGGAAAAGCUUCAGAACAGAAAAAGAUUCGGAAAUAGAAUUUCUACAUGAAUCGACUUAAAGAGUUUAAUGAGGACGCGUAUAAGUACUUAGUGGAUGGUUCUAUUCCUGAGCGCCAAUGGACUUUGAUUCAUGAUGGUGGGCAUCAAUAUGGAUUGAAAACUACAAACAUGUCUAAAGCGUUUAAUGGCGUAAUGAAGGGGGCCAGGUCACUCCAAUCACUUCAUUGGUUAGGAUGACAUUCUUCCAGGUUAACGAAUACUUUGCCACAAGGAGGGAUUUAGGGAGAAGCAAAUUAGAGAAUGGACAUAUGUAUGCCAAAAAACCAUCUAAUACGAUUGAUAAGAAUGCUGAAAAAGCACGCUUUCAUAAUGUUAGGAUAUUGACACAGUACGUGAGAUAUUUGAGGUCACCAAUGGUUGUGGCAACAGGAUAGCAUGAAAAGGGGGAAAAUGCUACAUGGUUGACCUUAUAGCAACAUCAUGCUCCUGUCAGAAACCAACCAUGUUCAAGUUACCGUGCUUACAUGUUCUUGCAGUAUGUCGAGCUCGUAACAUUUCGUAUGAUGCUUUUGUGGACCCUUCGUAUCCACAUAUAAGAAGACCUUUAUACCUGUUCCAGACAUGUUCACCUGCGAUCCUUAGAAUGGUCCUACAGUUGUUCCAGAUCCCUCAACUAAGCGUGGAAAGGGUUGUCCGCGAUCAACUCGUAUACGGAACGAAAUGGAUGAACCGUGGACGCGUCCUCGUAACAUAUGUAGCUUUUGUGGAUUUAGUGGUCAUAAUAAGAAAACAUGUCCUCGAAGGUCAACAAAAUGACAUGGCAGCCUUACACAGCGGCUAAGAUGGACGCUCUGCCACACAUAUGUACAUCGGGCCACGAGAUUUGGAGAUCGCGUUGCCCACUUAUUUGCUUUGACAUCGUCGAGCUAUAUCUCCCGGAUCGUGUCAUGCGUCAAUUUGGUUUGGAGCAGGUUAUUCCGCAUGCCUGUGACACCCAACCUCAAAUACAUGCGAUUGAUCAGAGGACUGGGGACAAGAACUACGUCGUACGACAUAGAUCGCAUGUUGACGCGUGGAAUGACCGAGCAUCUCGUUUGGUUCGAGGAGAUAACUACACUGGUCAUAGCUCUGGUACGUACAUGAAUUGGUACAGGCGUAUCUUCAUAUUACGCCUAACGAACACCACAUUUGCGCUGCCAGGAUCACAUUACCAUCCGACAUCUACGUUACUGGCUGAGCGCAUCCGAUCGGUGCUCAUACAAUGCAAUGACACGAUUCAAGGGGCCGCUACAUCGCCAGUUGAUGUGGGGUAUCGGCUAUGUUCUCAGACCCUUGGCUCCAUUAACGCGUCAUUGACCGAUGCAUUGAGUCAGGCGGGGUAUGAGUAUCUCAUUCCGACUCCACCGAUCAUUGGCGAGGUAGAUGACACAUUCCACACUCCUCCACGGAGUUUGGACCACCGAGGUAGCUCUUCCGGAGGAUCAAGUAUUCGGUCCACAAGAGGUCGCGAGUGUUCAUCUACUCGAGGUCGGUCUUCCAGAUCCCCAUCGACAUCCGGUGCUAUGUCGUCAUUCGUUCCUCCAGCUUCCAUGACCACUACUCCUCCACAUCCAUCGCCUCCGCAAAGGGUCAUCACAUAUCAGCAUGCUAGUCAACGACGAGCUCCUGCUCUUAAUGUCAUUGCGGAGGUUGACGAGUAUACACCAUCAUCAUCCACCGGUGCACAAAACAAAAGGGGCCGGAGAUUGUAGUUUAACAAACUUUGUAUCAACUUAUAUGAUUUGAACUUCUUGUAUCACUUUCCAUAAUUGUAAUAUAUC